AACCUUUCGUUUAGGUAAAGCAGCUUCCGUGGUUUCUAAUUGGUAAACCACCACUAACUUCAGUCAGUAGUGGCAUUCUUUGACGUAAAUCCAAUCAUAGUUUUGCUGGAUGCGUUCAGUGCAACUUGUAAAAAUGCUCUUGGCCUUGUAGAGCUCAAGGCCAGAACACGUGCGUAUGGAUUUUAGUUUACAACGCAGAGUCCUCUGUAGUGUUUUUUUAGUACCAGCUGAUGACUUGGCCUUUGUAAACAUUGUGAUAAGAAGUCACAACAAGAAGUAGCGUUUAAACAUGGCGUCGAAUCCGCGAAAAUUCAGCGAAAAAAUUGCUUUGCACAAUCAAAAGCAGCAAGCGGAAACGGAGGAUUUCGAAAAAAUCAUGAAGGAAGUUCGAAGCGCCAAACCUAAUCAAAAAAAUGGUGAUUGUAGCCCCUCUCAUCUAGUCAUCAGCCCUAGUUCACAAUUCAAGGCUGUCUCGUUGCCUAAUGUAAACUCUCCCUCCACCAAUUCCACAUCAAUUGAUCUUCAGAGUGCUUUGAGUAAUCUCGAGGAUAUGCGAGCAGGACGAGAGAGUGGCUGUCGAGAUCGACGACCUACAGGUCCAGGAGGAGGAGGAUAUAGUCCUGGAUCUAGCCUCGGUUCCGUCCGCCCAUCCCGCCGCUCUGACCAAACAACCUCGUCAAACCCACACUCGUAUCAGAUGCAUCCGAGUGGGGGCUUGGUUCAAGCACCACAGAUUUCUGGAUCUGUGGGAUCACCCAGUCUUUCUCACAGCACUGGCACAGAUAGUAGUGGCAACGGAGGGUUAUCUACCAACGUCGCCUACCUCUCUCCUCCUUUGGAUCCCUGCUGGAGGAGACAUUCAGACUCGGCAUUACACCAAGCAGCGAUGGUUUCAGGCGAAGGGGUCACCGGAAAUGCCUCAACAAACUUGUCCCGAAGAGGACAAGAUGGGAACAAUUACUUAAACAGUAUGGAUCCCAAUAAUUCUUCUGUCCAUCUUGGGAUUAGCGCCACUGGCGAUGGACGACCCAAAUCCUGUUGUGACGUUUCGCGAGUACCUGGAAUCAACAUUUGCCCCGGCCCGGAGCCCAAUGGAAUUCAAAUUCCGAUUGGGAAUAACACGGGAUCGUUGCCUGAUCUGACCAACUUACAGUUUGCCUCGCCGUUAUCCGAUCCUAUUGAUGGAGACGACAGUUCUUUUCAAACUCAUCCACUCUAUUCAACUCAGAGUCCUAACGUGGUUAGCCCAAGUUAUGGCGCGAAUGGUCUGAAUGACCACAGUCACCCCCUCAACUCGCUUAACAUGGGUUUGAACCCUGGCCCACCGGGGGGCUCCAGUAGGGGAUCAUCCCCUGGCCCCUCACCCAGUCAGCGGCGGCGUCCUCACCACCAACUGGUGAAUCUGCAGUUGCGCUCACCCUCACACGCGCAUUCGUCGCAGAAUCAUUCGCAUAACCACUCCUCCAACCUUUUAACCGUGCCUUCAGCCUCCAUGAACCCAAGGCUUCUGCAUUCCUCAAAGGGAAUCGCCUUGGAUCCCAGCGGUAUGUCGGUGCCUAGUUACCAAUCGUAUCUCUAUCAGAACAGCAGCGGCGGAGUCGACUAUGGCCAGCCUGUCAGUCCAGCUCAUAGUCCUACUCACAUGAUGUCGCCCUCCCAGCCUAUUCCGACGCAUGGAGGCUUUCUAACGGCAUAUCGAAAUCCCCAACCGAUUCUCAGACCCAGUCCGAUCAGUUCACCUACCUUGGUUGUGCCCGGUAAUAUGAACUACCGGACAAAUAGUCCAGGUGAUGGUACAAAUUGCGCAAGUAGUGCACCACCUAGCCCUGUGUCGCAAAGCCUAUCUCCGGCCAGUUCACCUGGUCUAGCCGCAUCCCCCGCCUCCCCAUUUGCUGACCAAAUAAGCAGCAUGAACUGUCAAAACCAGAUGGGAUCAGGUAGCGGUGGUAAUCUUAACCAGAUGUCGUUUUAUCCCAAUCAAUCGAAUGUGCUCAACCAAUUCGAGCAAUUCAAUAUGAUGGAUUCUAGCUCCGAUCAGACGCUUCAAAAUUAUGGGAACUACAAAACGAAUCAUUAUGGACAGGCGAACAUCAGUAUGGACAUAUCACUGGAUCCUUUUUACAGUCAGCCAUCGCAGUUCAUGUUCGGUGGUAGGUUAGAACUGAACCAGCAAACUGCACCACAAACUCCGCAAACACCAUCUAGUAUUCCGGAUAUUGUCCUGCAAGAUUUUUCCUGCACACCGGAAGAGCUUGCGCGACAUAAUUCCCAUGAUCUUAGUUCAGCCAUGGGGUCUUCAUUUGAUGGCGUCGAUUUCUAUCCUACCGACGAUGCCCUUAGAGAUGGACUCGACCCGAUUGACUUUGACGGUUUGCAGAUAUUGACGAACUCUACUUUGGUAACCGAUCCCUCGACCGAAGACCAUUUCAGGCUGGAUCGUAUGUGAAGGUGUACUCAUUCAAUUUUUAUUCACCAUCACUCUCCUUUUCGGCAAUUUCUCACGCUCUCUUUCCCCUUCUCGACUAACAGUCCAUGGUUUUUCAAGUCUACAUGUAAGCCCACAAAUCACCGUUAUGAUCUCAGCAUUGUCUUGCAUUUAUAAAAGUGGAAAAACAUCUUUGGGAUGGAAUGGCAGAGCAGAGAUUCAUAGCUCAUUUUAUUAGUUAUUCAAGCAUCCCCGAUAUCCCUAUUUUGUCAUUUCCGCUCUUUGAUAUUAAGGUGGGGGUUUUGUGCUCACCUUCCAGGUAAUUUUAGGUUUUGUCCAAGUCAAACACAAUUUGCUCUUCACUUACAAUUUCCCAAAUCACGUGAAAUAUUCCUCAUAAUCCGUAAGUGAAACGUUAUCUAUUUCUUACGUAGAGACGGUUCAGAUUGAUGACGUAAUUUGGAGCCACGCACAAUAGUUUUAUAGACCUUUUUAACCGAUUUUUACUAAGGAGAAUUCGCAGCUGAUUCGGCGCGUAAAUGAUUUUUUCUGACAUGACAGCCAGUUAUUAGGCUAACAUAUUUCUAAACAAUAGCUUUAACAAAAACAUAGUUUCAAAAAAAAAACAGUUUUUGUUUUUGUUUCAGAUUUCCUUUUUUUUUUUCUCUAAAACUUGUUGAGAUUUUAUUUGAAUUUUUAUUGGUGGUCAAAGCGGAUGAAUCAUUGUAUCAUAUUCUUUGGUUGUAAUUCGUGCAUUUUUUGGGGAAGUUGGAAGCCAGGUCACUAGGUGUUUGUGCCAUUUUCAUUUAUUUAGCCUAGGCCCACGGGCCCUCACGCAUUGUUACUGCACCUUUCUUUGUCAAAGUAUCAUACCAACAUUUCAUUGGUAUUGAUUGUUCCAACUGAGUGUUACUUACGCCUAAUCUCUCCUUGACUUCUCCCUACCCGUUUAUACCCAGAGAAUUCUCACUUAUUCGUUUAACUUUGUUCUUCCUGACUAGAUCGACAUGUUGCGCAUUGUUAUCACAUCACUGUCAUAAUCAUUAUGGUUAUACUAAUAUUCAGGUGGUGUAGUUUGACAAGCAGUUUUCGUGUAUGUUGAUGACCAUUUCUUCUAUUUUUUUUUGUUGGCAGAAAAGUUUUGCGUCGGUGUUAUCGUUUUUUUUCCCGAGGUGUUUCAUUUGUCGUGCAAUAUUACACAACCAGCCCGUUA